AUGCCUAAUCCUUCGAGGUGUCGGUGGAGCAAUGUGAAAAACUGGUUUAUUUUUGCUGCAGCGACCGCCGCUCUAAGUUCUUCACCAUCUCUAGUGGCCUCAGCUGGAAAACUCGAAGCCGCUCGUCGAACCUCCUCAAUCAGUAGUUCAAGAUCCUCAUCAUUCCUCAGAUAUUUUGAUGCCAGCUCAAACACGGCGUCGGUUAAAGCAAGCCAUCCCCACCAUCAACAGUAUCCAGUAUCCCGGCAGCAACCGCAGUUCUCCUUCAUAACACACCAAUCUUUUUCCGCUAGUCAACCAGUCUCCACCAAGUCGAAUCAUGAUUCAUUGGGGCCAUUUGAUGAGCCUACCCCUCAAGACCGACAUCAUGACCGUGAAUCUCAGAGGAAGCCUCUGAUGACCCAGCACGGCCAUCUUACCAAGCGUCAGCAAGCAGCAUCCGUCACGACCUCAGCUCCGGCCUUUCCUGAACCUUUCGAUUCCAGUCUAGGCACCGAGUUUGACUCCGAAACGUGUGGACCAUUCAUAUCUCAAUUCCUCAAGAACGCAGCUUUCCGCGAAUGUCAUCCCAUCUCCUUACUGUUGACUACUAGUCAGGGGUUUUAUCAAGCUGGUCGUGCCUUGAACACCUUCUCAACAUUGCAGGCGAACCAGACUGACUCGGUUGAUAGCACAGUAAUGCCUGUCGAUAAAGUACUUGACGCGUCUUGUAAAGCAGACCCUGAUCAAUGCCAAGUCCUGUUUGAUCAACUCUCUUCGAAUAUCAAAUCACCCCGUUUUGGAUGUGGGAAAGACUUGGACAAGCGCAAUUCAUUGGCGGUCCAAGCACUUGCUGGUCUCAGCAGCUAUAGACUGAUGCGUGAGGUUGCUUGCCUUACGACUCGGGAGACUCCGACACCUGGAAUGAUCCUUGCGGCAAACCCGGUCAAGAACCUAACCAAUACUACCAUCGCCAGUCAACGUACCUCUGUCAAGCUAGCGACGAUGAACUCGAGUGCCGAAUCAGCUCAACCUUCCGUUAGAUAUUGCUUUGUGAACGCCAUGUCGAGUCCAACUCCAGAUGAUCUUGUGAGCUGCUAG